UGGCGUGAAGAGCAUUGCUUCUCGUAGUUAAUUAUGCUCCCCCACUAAGCUCCCAUUCUUGUCUCUCACUCUUAACAAUAAAUCUCAAUUCUUAGUCCCUUCUCUCUCUCUCUCUCUUUCUCUCUCUCUCGCGCGCGCCCGCGCAUCAGAUCAAAGAAGAGGGAGGAACGAUAAAUGGAGAAAAUGUCGGUCUCUUUGGUAGCGGUUCUGCUUCUGUGUCUCGGGGUCGGCCGAGUCGUAUCGGACGCAUCGAAUCACCGAUACAAGUCACAGGAUCCGGUACCUUUCUACGUCAACAAGGUCGGUCCUUUCCAUAACCCUAGUGAGACAUAUCGAUAUUUUGAUCUCCCUUUCUGUGCUCCAGGACAUGUUCAUGACAAAUCGGAAGCCCUUGGUGAAGUUCUAAAUGGUGACAGGCUUGUUGAUGCUCCAUACAAGCUUGAUUUCCGAGUUGACCAGGACUCAAAAUUGGCAUGCAAGAAGACACUCACAAAAGAAGAGGUAGCCAAAUUUAGGAGUGCCGUCAUGAAGGACUACUACUUUCAGAUGUACUAUGAUGACCUCCCCAUCUGGGGAUUCAUUGGAAAGGUGGACAAGGAGAACAAAAUUGAUCCAAGCGACUAUAAGUACUACCUUUACAGGCAUAUCCACUUUGAAAUCUUCUAUAACAAUGAUCGAGUGAUUGAGGUCAACAUCCAUACAGAUGCAAGUUCACUAUUAGAUGUUACUGAAGACAGAGAUGUGGAGGUUGAGUUCUUAUAUUCAGUGAAGUGGAAGGAGACAACCACACCAUUUGAGAAGAGGAUGGAAAAAUUUUCUCAGUCUUCUUCAAUGCCUCACCAUUUGGAAAUCCACUGGUUUUCUAUUGUAAAUUCAUGUGUCACGGUUCUUCUUUUAACAGGAUUCCUCGCUACGAUCCUGAUGAGGGUUUUGAAGAAUGACUUUGUCAAGUAUGCUCAUGAUGAGGAAGAUGCUGAUGAUCAAGAAGAAACUGGGUGGAAAUAUAUUCAUGGUGAUGUCUUUAGAUACCCUAAGAGCAAGUCCUUAUUUGCUGCUUGCCUUGGUUCUGGCACUCAGCUGUUUGCGCUUACAAUCUUCAUUUUCAUUCUUGCACUAGUAGGUGUAUUCUACCCCUACAACCGAGGAGCUCUUUUUACUGCACUGGUGGUCAUCUAUGCACUUACUUCAGGAAUUGCUGGGUAUACUGCGACCUCUUUCUAUUGUCAGCUUGAGGGAACAAACUGGGUGCGGAAUCUAAUCUUGACAGGAUGUCUCUUUUGUGGACCUCUAUUUCUGACUUUCUGCUUCUUGAAUACCGUUGCCAUUGCAUAUAAUGCUACUGCAGCACUGCCAUUUGGCACUAUCGUUGUUAUUUUUCUAAUAUGGACUCUGGUAACCUCCCCUUUGCUUGUCUUGGGUGGUAUAGCUGGUAAAAACAGCAAGGCAGAGUUCCAGGCUCCUUGUCGCACUACCAAGUAUCCUAGAGAAAUUCCACCAUCGCCUUGGUACCGAGGAGCUAUUCCACAGAUGGCGAUGGCUGGUUUUCUUCCUUUCAGCGCAAUCUACAUUGAGCUAUACUACAUAUUUGCUAGUGUGUGGGGCCACAAAAUUUACACUAUCUAUAGCAUUCUCUUUAUAGUCUUCAUCAUUCUGCUUAUUGUCACUGCUUUUAUUACCGUGGCAUUGACUUACUUUCAGCUUGCUGCGGAAGAUCAUGAGUGGUGGUGGAGGUCUUUCCUAUGUGGGGGAUCAACUGGACUAUUCAUAUAUGGAUACUGCUUGUACUACUAUAAUGCUCGAUCAGACAUGUCAGGCUUCAUGCAGACCUCAUUCUUCUUCGGCUACAUGGCUUGCAUCUGCUAUGGUUUCUUCCUCAUGCUUGGGAUGGUAGGGUUCCGAGCAUCCCUCUUUUUCGUCCGUCACAUUUACAGAUCCAUCAAGUGUGAGUAGCCACUCAAUUGAGCUUCAAUGCAUAAGCUUUGCUGGCGAUGGAUGGGAUCAAGCAGUUUCCAUAUGCAGCUGCUUAGGCUUUUCUGAGUUCUUGGGACCAACUCAUCGUACUUGCUUCGUCACUCUUGUUCUAAAGAGUUCGUACACGCACCCACAAUUAUGGACUUGUUUCUUUUUUCUUCUUCUCUCUUUUUUUUUUCACUAUACAAACUGAUUGUUAGGUCUAAGCUAUGCGUGUUUUAUCUGUUGUGCAUUAAGGUUAUAUUAAGGUUAUGCAAUAUCUAUUAUAUAGCUUCAGUUGAAAUC